AACACAGAGAGGACAUACUGUAUAUUUUAGGACCAAAAAAAAAAAAAAUGAAACCACAUAAUUAAAACAAAACACUGACAUGACAGACUGAAGACGUGUAAAACAGGUUGGCCUUCCUUGGAGGCUGCAAAGAGGGGCUUAUUACCACAAGUCACACUGCAGUUAUGCAGGCUGACAGGUUGGCAAACUGGUUAUAUUGAGGUGCUUUAAAGUCUGACAGGGCAUCUGUCCCAGAACUUGUCCUGUGUGCAGAUCAUUUGCAUCUGGGAGAUACCGCCAAAGAACAGUCAGUGGUCACACAGUCAUCAUUUGGUUACAGGACUGUCCAGAGAUACACUCCUUUACUCCUGUCUCACCACUGAACAUGCAGAAUUCUAUGUUAAGGACACUCUGCAUUAAUGUAAAAUAACCUUGUAACCUGGUUUAAAACAAGGCCAAUGCCACCCAACAUUCAACUCUGCUGCAUCAGGCUGAGCCCAUUUGAAUCAUGAGAAGGUCAAAGGACCCCCUGUGGAGGACCUUGUUUUUGCUACUGGUCAUUGGUUUCAUCUGGCUUCUGAGUCUUCCAUAUUUCAUCCUGAGCAAUGCUGAGCAAGGGGACAUCAGUGUGGCCGGUCACAACACACUGAGACGGCACGGCAAAGUGUGGAUGGAAACAGGCAGGGCUGAAGAAAUAAUGAAGAAUAUUGUUACGUUUGUGGAUAAUCUCCUGAACAUCGUGGGAUCCUCUAACAACUUCUCUCCCAUGCCUCCAUUGAGGAACUACAAAGAAGAAUUACAGUCACUCCAGAUUAAAAUGGAGGCAGAAAAAGAGAAGGGAAAAAUGAGGGAUGAGAUGAUUAAGGAGCUGCGUUCCGAAAAACUCCAUCUCCAGCAACACGUGGCUCAGACGGAGAAACUCCUAAAGCUACAGGCAGAGAAGGUCAAAUCUGUCUCUCCUCCACCUCCCUUGAAGAACUACAAAGAAGAAUUUCAGUCACUCCAGAUUAAAAUGGAGGCAGAAAAAGAGAAGGGACAAAUGAGGGAUGAGAUGAUUAAGGAGCUGCGCUUGGAUAAAAUACAGCUACAGCAGCAAGUGGCUCACUUGGAGGAACUCCUAAAGCUACAGGCAGAACAAGGCAAAACUGAAGAUCAGAUCAAAGAGGAUAAAAAUUGCCCACUGCCACCCAUGGAUGGAUACCCAGACUGUAUGAAGAAAUUGAAGUGGAUGAAGGACAUGUGGAGGACUGACCCUUGCUACAGCAGUCAUGGGGUGAAUGGAUCUCUGUGCUCCUUCCUCUUCUACCUCAGUGAGAUAGAGCCCUGGUGUCCUGUACUUCCAGGCCGAGUGAUUCCUGAAGAUGUAGUGGAAAAGGCAGAGCCUGACGAUGCAGUGGUACAGGAAAGUUUUAAAGAUCUGUACCCCCCUCUGGAAAACAGAGUCCAGUUUCGUUGGAUACGCCAAAGAAUUGGCAGUAUGGAGAAGAUUUGGGUUGAUGCUGGGCGCUCUCUUUCAGCCAAAUACAACCUCACAGAGAGAAAAGCCAAACAGAUUCUGGUUCAUCCUGGAGCAGUUACAGAUGAAUCACGUUCUAGAAUAGCAGAGGCUGCGUUCAGUGGUGGCCCCCUUGGGGAACUAGUCCAGUGGAGUGACCUCAUCUCCACACUUUACAUCCUGGGUCACCAUGUUCACCUUACUGCCUCCAUACCUGACCUCAAGCAUUUUUUUGGGAUUAAGACAGGCAGCUGCCCACCUCAUACUAAAAAAGUGGAAGCAGACCUGAUCUAUACCGACAUUAUCGGCCUUAGACAGAUUCAGGCACUGCUAAAUACAUCUUGGCUAAAAUACAGGUGCAAGUUUCGUGUGUUGGACACUUUCGGCACAGAGCCAGACUUCAAUCAUGCAGCUUGGGCCCAGAAGAACAACCUUAAGAGUCCAUUUGGCGGCCUGCACCUGAUCCCUAUGCAGUUCUACACCAUGUUCCCUCAUACACCAGACAACACAUUCCUGGGCUUUGUGGUGCAGCACCAGCUGACCUCUGAACAAACUGAGCAGUUAAAGUCUACCACAAGACAAAACCAGGCACUUGUGUACGGCAAGAGAGCCUCGUUUUGGAAGGGUAAAGAGGCUUAUCUGGACGUUAUCCAUAAGCACUUAGAGAUCCAUGGGACGGUCGAUAACAGUGCUACUAUUCCAAAUUAUGUGAAAAACCACGGCAUUGUCAAAGGCACUGAGGUUCAGGCCUUGUUGAGGCAGAGCAAGGUUUUUGUCGGAUUGUCUUUCCCAUAUGAAGGCCCCGCCCCAUUGGAGGCCUUAGCCAAUGGCUGUGCUUUCCUGAACCCCAGGUUACACCCGCCACAGAGUAGCCUGAACACAGAGUUCUUCAAGGGAAAGCCCAACAUAAGAGAGGUGACAUCCCAGCAUCCGUAUGCAGAAGCCAUAGGAGAGCCUUAUGUUUGGAUGGUAGAUAUGCACAACUCCACAGAUGUGGAGAGAGCUCUCACUGCCAUCCUUAAUCAAACUAUUGAGCCCUACCUUCCCUAUGAGUUUUCCUGUGAAGGGAUGCUCCAGAGGGUCAACAUCCUGAUUGAGAAGCAGGACUUCUGCAAUAGUACAGGGAGCUGGCUUCCACUGAGCGCACUCCAGGUUGUGAAGGCGGAAGCGAACAAAUCCUGCAAACAGGAAUGCCAGAAGGCAGGGCUGAUCUGUGAACCUGCAUUUUUUCCAUACCUUAACAAUGCUGAGAAUCUUGCAAACUACAGUGUAGACUGUCAAACAUCAGAGUUUUCUGACAGUCACUUGGUGUUCCCAGCCUACAACAGCAUCAUGGAUAUAUAUAAUGUGACUUGGGAUGUAUGCUGGCUCCGUUAUGCAGCAGAUCCAGCUGUGUCGCCAUCAUCAGAAAAGGACGUCGCUUUACGUGACGCUUCAGAGGGGGCGUACAAGCACCGUGGAUCCACAUUUACAGGAAGAAACCAGGCCACAGUCAUGUAUAGUGUACAGCAGUGACACUCAACUUCCAGCUGGGGUGGCCCACUGACCAUUUUUAAUUCACAAUGGAAAUAAACUGAUUGAUUCACACUUUUUGUACUUUGAAUGUAAAUAAGAUGUCAAAAAGCAUGCAUAAAAAGCACCAACGAGCUUGUUCAUCAAAAACAAUCUGCCAGGGGAAGAUCCCCCAGAUUCCCCUCAAUAAAGGUCCAGGCUUGGCCCCAGAUGUUCUCAAAUCCUGGAAAUACUCUUGUGUAGAUCUGACCUUUGGGUGUUGCUUCAACUGGAUUUGCCUCUUGGCAAUGAUGAGUGAGGACAGCUUACGUCAAAAGGUUUCAAACAAGCAAAUCAGUUAUUAUAUAUACUCAUGAACAUUAAUGUUUGUUUAUUAUUUGGCCCUUGGCCUCCUGUCAUUUUGCAAAAGUGGCCCCCAGGCAGAGCAAGCUGAGUAUCCCUGGUGUACAGUUUACCUCACUUUAGAUAGUGAAAAUGUAUUUUUGGUCAUGGGUAGUAAGCUCAUUCACUAUCUGUUUGUGUUUGUGCAAAACACAUCUAUGAAUGAUUUAUAUUAAUGUGUUUUCAUUUUGAAUCUCCAUAGAUUUGUAGAAAACCAAUCUAACAACUGAAUUCAUUAACCUAACUGCUCAUUUCAAGGUGUUUCUGUUGCUUCUUCCGAGAGAAUGACGAGGAAGGUACUACUCAAUUUAACUAAUUACACAUGAUUCACUUAAGUGUUUCGCUAAAAACUUUUUGGGAGAUUUUACGUCUGAGCUUAUGAUACCCACUUAAGUUCAGUAAAAAUAAUACUGAUUUGUGCCACCAGGAGAAUUGCAAAUGUCAUUUUCAGCGUGUAAAAUAUUGAUUUGACAGCUUUUAAUAAAUGAUAAAGGAGCCUCGGACAGCGCUGUCAGAUUCCACCUACAUCUAGUCUAUGAUUUUCACUUACAGUGCAAAAAUGUACAGUAAGACUUAUUUCAUUUCACCAAUAAUCUACAGUAAUAUGUAAAACAACAUUUACAGUAUAAGCAGUAUAGAGUAAACAUGUUUAACUAUAUGCAACAUUGAUCAUCCUGUACUUUAACUAUAUGCUGUCUACUCCAAAAAGCCUAUAAUGUUGGCCAUAAAGUACUACGACUAUAUCUGCGACUUUUUGUUACUGAUGCACCUGAACAGUGUAAUAAACAUAUUUACAGAC